AGUCUCGGAUGUCUGGCUCAAUUCCCAUACGAGAUCCGCGAACAAAUCUGGCUACAGUUCAUCCCCGACGGCCAGGAUACCGUGCUUUUACGCACCCCAAAGACAGAUCUGCGCAUCCUCCGCGCUAGUAAAAGCAUCCACGACGAGAUAUCGCUGUUGCUGUACCGACGGUCCUGUCUGGAAUUCGACGUCUCCGCGAUCUACUACCAAAGGAAGGAACGAUGGACCACUGUCUACUUAAGGCGGGGCCGACAGGAGCGAGCACAACUGGAGGAGCCACAAGCUACGUGGAUUCUUCGAAACAAAGAAGACGCGAGAACACGGGGCUUUGAUAAUCUUCCCUUCCACAGAAUCGAUCGUGUGGUUGCGAAUCUCUUCGCGCCCGACCCUAAAGACGCAGGCAAGCUAUUCUGUCUCUGGCAGAGAGUGCGUGCCCUAGUCGAACUGCUGAAGGGCGCGGAAAAGAUUCGAAAUUUGACCAUCCGACUGUGCAAACGCGACGGCCAGGAUUGGUUCGACAGAGAUCGCGGAAUGAAUCACAGUAUGAGGCUGCUACGAGGAGAAACCCACUGUGACCAUGACGUGGCGGUGUUACCGUUCUGCACACUACAGAAUGUCGAAAACAUCACGGUUGAAGCUCACUCGGCGGAACUGGAGCAAAGGAUGAACUGGCGAGUGAUCAACGUGGGAAAAAUCCAGGAGAGCGAGGCCCGGCUUGCUGUAUCUCGACGCGUGGGGUUUGAGUAUAUGUGGCUGCAUGCGGAUUUGUGGAAAUAUGCGCCUGGGCGGACGGCGAGGCUUAUGCGGUGGGAUUUUCUCCGGCAGUGGUUUCUGCAGAAAUGCAACGGGGAGUCUGAGUUUGAAGAGCGGACUCGGGGGGUCUUGGAUGAGUUUCCGGAGCUACAUCAUAGGCGCCCUAGAGAUAUGAUGGUGAUUUCGAGUAUGAUUUACGAUAUGGUGUGUUUAUAUUAC